AACAACAGCAACAACAAAAACGAGGAAAAAAGAGCGAGCCCCAAAAGCAACAACUACAACAGAAAGUUGCGACGACGACGUCGACGUCGACAACCUAAGCAAACGGCAUUCUUUUGUGCAACAACAACAUCACUCUCUGUCUCUCUCUCCUGCUAACUGCGCUCUCUCUCUCUCUCUCUCGCGCGCGCUUGAAUUUGUAUCUGUGUUUCUUAGUGCCAGUGUUUGUGUCUGUGUGUGUGAAUUUUUUGAUUAAAACGCGCUCUUUCUUUUUGCGCCCACUCACCGAAAACAACCACAACAACAACAACAACGUUGUUCGGAAUGCGGGCCUGAUCGCCGUCACAACGCGCUUUGAAGAGGUCAGGCAACAAUAACAACAACAACAACAACUCAGCAACACCAGCAGCAGCAACAAAAAUAAAACAAAAUAAUUGUUUACUGUUAUAUCGAUAUAGAAAAUAGUAUGAAAACUAUCAACUAAUUCUUGUGGAUUACGCGAUCAUUAAUGGAAAUGCCGACACCAGCAACAUUAACAACAGCAACAAAAUUUGCAACAACUGCAGCAACAGCAACAUCAUUUGUUGUUGUCUUCAGCAGCAGUGCAUAAAGGUAAAGCAACGGCAUUUCGAACGCUCGUGUUGUCCAUGGAAAAUGAUGCAGCAUGCGAGCAUUUUGUACCGUCAGCGCGCCCCUGGAAGUAUGCGCGUCCACAGCCGAGCAACUGUCACCCGGCUCCCGUUUCCUGGCCCUAAGGCUCUUAAGCCAUCAGCAACAGCAGCCGAAAACUCUGUACUUCCUAGUCGAUGCAAAGAGUCGAGUCCGAGAGGUUUAUACGCAGACAUGUCUGCAUUUUGCCACACAGGGCAUGCUGGAUACCGAACUGUUCGGUCUGGCUGUGCUCAUAGAUGGCGAGUACAUGUUCGCAGAUCCCGAGAGCAAGCUCUCCAAAUAUGGUCCAAAAAGUUGGCGUUCAUCGCACACACACGGUCUGGAUGCCAAUGGACGACCACUCCUGGAACUACACUUUCGUGUGCAGUUCUAUAUCGAGAGUCCCUUAAUGCUGAAAGAUGAGACAUCCCGACACAAUUAUUAUCUACAACUGAGGCAUAAUGUACUGCAACGUGAGCUACCCCGGGCAGAUCAGUCAGAUCAGGCUUUGGUCUUUCUGGCUGGUCUGGCUUUGCAGGCGGAUUUGGGUGAUGCUCCAGCCAUGGAGGAUGUGGCAGGAGGUGGUAGAGGUGGCCUAACAGAGGCAGAACAUUUGGCAAACACAACAACAACAACCUUGCCAAAAAUUAGCAAACGUUUAAGCAGUGCCAACGAACGAAUGCUUAGAUUGUCCACCUAUGUGGCCUCUACCUCUGCUAAUGGGAACUCAAGCUCUGUCACCACCACCACCAACAAUAAGAGAGAUAAGGAAAGGAAUUCAGCUACAUCCAAUGCAGAUUACUUCCGCAUUGAGGACUACUUGCCCUUGCCACUCCAUACAGCAUGGGCGAGAAGUGCUUUAAGGGCCUGCCAUCGAGAACAUCAGGGUUUGGCCUCAGCUAAAGCGGAACUUCUUUAUAUACAGCAGGCCUGUAGCCUUCAUGAGACCAUCAAUGCCCACACAUUUCGGAUGCGUUUGGCGAAAAGUGAACAAGGAGCGGGCAGUUCAUGGUUUGUUGUCUAUGCCAAGGGUGUCAAGAUACUGGGCGGUGGACUGUCAGACAGACAGACGGAUGCCUCAACCUCUUCCUCAAGUGCCGCAACAUCAUGCGCCGCGACUUUCCUAUGGCCAAAUAUCACCAAGUUAUCGUUCGAACGUAAGAAGUUUGAAAUACGUUCGGGUGAAAGUCGCAUCAUUCUCUAUUCGACAUCCGAUGAGAAGAAUAAAUUGUUAUUAACUCUCUGCAAGGACACCCAUCAGUGGAGCAUGAAGCUGGCGGCGCGUCUCAAGGAGGUUAGCAAACGCAAGGAGGAAGAGGAGGCGGAAUCGCAACGCCUGCAUGCCAGUUAUGCCUGUUCCCGUAGUCUUCUCAUGCCGUAUAAGAGUAAAAACGAACAGAGGAUAUCGGUCAUAUCCAGCACUAGUUCGAAUACUACUUCUGGGAUAGUCAGUGAUCGCGUUCAUUCCGAAGAUGAGUUGGAAAUAAUGAUUAAUACACCGCCAGCUCCAUUGGCAGCGCCAUCUACGGAGAGUUUGGCAUUGGCACAUCUGCUGGAUCGCGAUCGUCCAAGUAGUGUGAGCCGGCAAACCUCAUCGGUGGGUCAAAUGUCAAUUGAAGAGCAACAGAGAACCAACGAUUCGUCCACAACUGAGGCAUCAACAAUAGCCGCCACAACGACGACAACGACGACGACGCCAUCUCCGACUUUAGCAGCAGCAUCAGCAGCAGGUACAGCAACAGAUUCACCUAGUUCCCAGCACAAUAUUGGCUCCCAGUGUUCUUCUACCUGUAGUACAGUAGUGGUUACCUCACCGCCGCCUCCCUCCCAAGCCAUUACUAACCACAAUAGUUCAUCCACCUCCUCGACAAACUCUGCAGUUGCGGUCACCGCCAUUCACUCAACCUCAUCCAGCUUGGAGCUGGGUUUCAGUCACACCGCACAAAAUUCAGCCCUAAGUGAGACCCAUAUCGAGGAAGAAGAUGCGGCAAGUGUUUCGGGUGUGUCAGGUGUAUACACGUUGGCCCAUGGAGCUGCCCUUACCGAAACUUCGGGUGUGUAUACCAUGCAUAGCAGCGAAUUGACCGGCCAAUCAUCAGAAUUGGCCGAAUCCGAGCGUGGAUCUUCAUCGCAUUAUGCCCCAGCCGCUACGGUGAAUGUAGCCGUUGUAGGUAAAAGAUCCUUGCAAGACCAGAGACAAAGGUCGCAUCCUGGAGGAGGUGGAGGUGUGAUGAGUAGCAGUGAGUUCCGAUUACGUUCGGAUUCCAAUAUCAGCACGAGCAGUUCCUUUCGCGGCGAUGGCAGUGAUCCCACGGAUAAUAAGCAUUCCUUACUCUCCGCCGAGGAGCUAACCAAUUUGAUAGUAGGACGUGGAACAUAUCCCUCGAGGCAAACAGUGUCCAGUUCCCUGCAUUCCGAUUGCGAUUAUGUCACAAUGCCGCAACAAGAUCAAUCCGAUGAUCAGGAGGUGGCAAAAGGAAUGCCACCGGCUCCGCCGCCGCCGUACAGUGCCAGACAUGAGAAGACAGGUUUGUGUGGUCCACCGAUUCCAGCGCCACACCCACCACCACCGCCGCCGCCACACAAACAGCAGGAGGUUCAAGUGAUACCGAAUCCUGAACCUAAAGUCUCAUCGCCAGCCGCUUUGCCUGCGCUGCGACGUCGGCGAGAUCCACCGCCCUAUGCCAAUUCCAUGAAGCCCAGACCCACUUCCCUGAUAUCAGUCACGUCCAAUUCGACGGCUCCCAUUGGAGCGGCAGGCUCGAUGAGUUCACUGAAAUCGACCGAAGAGAUCACAGCGCGUUUCAUAACGACACGUCCACAGAUUAGUAUAUUGAAGGCCCACACCAGCCUAUUGCCAGAUGGAGCAAAGCCCAGUUAUGCCGCCCCUAAUCCGCCCAGUCAUUGCUCUUCCUCGGCAGCAUCUUGCAGUGGUUCCAUAUGCUCGCAUCACCAGUUUACUCCACUUUCCCAGCAAUCGCUGCAUUCCAAUUCCAACUAUGCUGGCGGAUCGCAGGCAUCGCUGCAUCAUCGUCAUUCCGGAUCGGCGGCAAUUGGAAUACCCAUUGUACCCUAUGGCUUGCACAAGAGCACGGCUUCACUGCAUCAUCAUCAUCCUCACCAUCCGCAUCACCAGACGCCCCAUCAGCACCAGCAGGCGUGUGUUUUGCUGCCCGUGAUCAAGCCGCGUCAAUUCCUAGCUCCACCACCGCCGCCUCCAAGUUUGCCCCGUCAACCACCACCGCCCCCGCCGCCGGCACACUCACAUCCUCAUCAUCCACACCAUCAUCUGGCAGGAUUGUAUCGCAAGCAACUGGAACUAUAUCAACAGCAACUGUAUAGCGAUGUAGACUAUGUCAUUUAUCCCAUUCAAGAUCCAGCUGUCAGUCAACAAGAAUAUCUAGAUGCCAAACAGGGUUCCUUGUUGGCGGCCAUGGCGGCUGCUGCCCCACCGCCACCCACACGUCAUCCCUAUCUGGCCAUGCAAAUGUCGCCGGCCAUUUAUCGGAGUACCCCGUAUCUGCCCCUGGCCCUGUCCACCCAUUCACGUUAUGCCUCAACCCAAAAUCUAUCGGACACUUAUGUACAAUUGCCGGGAACGGCAACAUAUUCCCCACUCUAUUCGCCCAGCAUGGCCUCGCUGUGCUCUUCGUAUGAGCCACCACCGCCGCCGGCACCCACCCACCCGACCAGUCAGAUGCAUCCUCAUACACAUUCGGCUAUCGGAGUAAACGCCGCUUCUGCCUCAUUACACUUCUCACGAUCACGAUCAGAUGAUAAUAUUCUGAAUUCGCUCGACUCGUUGCCCAUUAAUAAGCAGGGAAAGCGUUUACCUCCGCCACCGCCUCCACCGUAUGUCAAUAGGCGUCUCAAGAAGCCGCCUAUGCCAAUGCCAAGUGAGAAGCCGCCGCCAAUUCCCCUAAAGCCCUUGAGCAGCUCGAGCAUGCUGAUGCCAAGAAAACCACCCACUCUUAAUCCACACCAUGCCAAUAGUCCCAUCACCAAGACCUCAAGUGGUGCCCAAUGGGCUGGCGAACGACCUAGGACAAAUAAUUUUGUUCUGGGCCUCAAUGGUGGCGGUUCAAGUGGCGGUGGUGGCAAUGGCAGUGGACGAAAUUGCAAUAGCAUAUUGGCCCAAUUGCAGGCCUCCAUGGCAGCCCAGUCGGAGGCACAAGCUCUGGACAUUGCCUUACUUCGCGAGAAGAGUAAACAUUUAGAUUUACCCUUAAUAUCGGCGCUAUGCAAUGAUCCAUCCCUGCUCAAGCAGACCAAGGUGAAGGUCACAACAACAGGCAACGGAUCACCUGGAUCGGGCUUAGGAGAGGCUACCAACAAUAGUUCGACUAUGACGACAACAACAGCAUCGACGACGACAACGACGAUGACUACGACGCCGACGACAAGAUCGUCAUCGCCGCCGCCGCCGCGUAAAAAUCCCAGCAUUAGCAGCCAUCACAGGCAUCCGCAGGAUAAACUUCCGCCAUUGCCUGUACAGCAGUUGGCCGAGGCCAAUAACUAUGUCAUGGAUCCCGCCGCCGUGCUGAUGAAUAAUAAGCAACAGCACCACAAAAGCUACAACUCGCAGACCUAAAAAAACGGAAACCAGAAACGGAAACGGAAACAACAACGGAAACUGAGAGCAACAACUGAGACGGAACUGGAGGCCAAGUCACCUUAAAAAAAACAACACACUCUUUUCUCUAGUUUCAAAAUAAUUGGGAAAUUUUUGGAAUUUGUAUUUGGAUUUUUUGGGGUUUGCUAAAAUGCAUAGGUGUGCGCUCUAGAGAAUUCGAUCACAGUGUUUCGGCUGGCUAGUAGAGAGACAGACAGAGAAAGAGAGAGAGUGCAAAGGCCAUUAUCCUUACAACCAAUUUUUACAUCAACCAGAGUCACAAAUCACAAAACAAUAUCGCGAAACAGACAAAUAGGAACCUCAACAUAAUGCAGAACAGAACCCAGUCUAGUCACUUUAGGGAAAGGGAAAGGCAUGUGGGAUUUCGAGUGAUCAUUUUAAUUUUUUUUUUAAAUACUCAAGUAUAAAAUACGAAAAGAACACACACACAACACACAUAACUACAGAAUAUAUAGUCUUAGAGAGAAGAGGCCCAGCCACGAUAAUGCGAAAUAUAUAUAUAUAUAUAUAUAAAAACCUAAUGAUACAACAACAACGAAGUCUAUAUUGAUAUUUACUCUUGCACAUUCCAUGAAGAAAAGAAAUUGAAAGGAAGAAUUAUAGAGAAUUUUUGUUAUACAGGAAUUUAUCACAUUUCAUCCUUCAGCAAGGAUCUAUGAAACGAAUAAGAACAAAAAAGAAAGAAAGACAGAAAGAAAGAAAGAAAACAAAAACUUACGCUGAAAACUAACUACUUCCGCCCAAACAACUGUGAUUGAUGUUUUUUUUAACAUUACUAUAAUUAAAUAAUUUACUUUUAAACUAAUGUUAGUCAAAAAACAAAUGGGAAAAAAACA